UGCACUUAGUAAAAACAUUGUAGUCGCGUACUGAAAGAGAAAAGUGAUGGGAUUUAUUAUAAUUAUGAUCAAACUGUUCUUCAUUAAUUUUGGGGUUCACAUCUGUUUAGCAUUAAAUAUUAGUGAUACUAAUAGACAGCCAAUUCCUGGAUAUUUUCGGUGGCACGAAGAUACAGUUGCUAGUGAUUACCUUAUGUGUCCAAACUCUUGUGAACAACAUAUCACAAAAGGGCGUACUUUUGCAGGGAACAGUGUUACCACUUGUUGCGUGGAAUAUUCACGGCCAUACUGGAUUAUUUCUAAAUCUGAGAAUUUAAUCGGGUCAAUACGUUUGGAACCAAGAGGAGAACAAGGAUUUGUUAUUGUUUCUGGUGUCGCUAAUGACACAUUGUUAAAUAAGAUUUUAUACCAGCAAGGCAAUUUAAAUGUUUUUCCAAGCAGUCUUUGUGAAUUUCGAAACAUAGUGGAUAUAAACUUUUCUCAAAACCAGAUUGAAAAUAUCCCUGACAUCGCAUGUUUGCACAUUCUAGACACAUUAAAUCUGUCGUUUAACAGAAUUGAAAGGUUGACUAAUACUACUUUUAGAGUGUUAGAAUAUUUGAGAGUUUUGGAUUUAUCUGACAACAAGAUACAGUAUAUUGAGCCAAAUACGUUUAACUAUCGUCCAGGUUCUCUUAUGAAGAUUUUGUUGUGUCGUAAUUUUCUAAAAAGCAUUGAUUUAACAAACUUAUUUCUCGAUUAUUCGUUUGAUUUUAUACAAUUGAGCAGCAAUCACAUUUCGGAAUUUACAAAUGAAUUAGAUUUUAAAUUCAAUCUUUCAAAAGGUGGGGGAAAUAUUUAUUUAGUCUCUAACCAAAUUUCUGAAUCUCCGAAUUUUUCGAAAUUAGGACUAACACUUCCAAUUUUAUAUAGUAUGGCCUUCAGAUAUCCUAUAAAUAUCAUUGACAAUCCUAUAGAUUGUAAUUGCAAGGUCGAACCUUUCUUAGAACAGUUUAAAUUGGCUAGCAAAAACUUUGUUGAAAUGCAGAACCAUACAUGCGGACAUCCACCGUUUCUUCGUGGUCGACAUAUUUUUAAUAUUAGUGCAGACCUUUUUAUAUGUAAUAUCUCAAUGAAAGACAAAUGUCCUUUUAACUGCAGUUGUUUUGAACAGCCAUCGAGGUCUAGACUUGUGGUCAAUUGUACUAUGAGGGGAAAAUACAGAUUGCCGAGUGAAUUUCCGUGGCACAAUGGUUUAUAUAUUGAUUUAAGUCAUAAUUUGAUAACAGUUUUCGUAUACCGUACGUUUUUAGAUAGAACGUCUUCAAUAGAUUUGUCUUAUAACCGAAUAAAAAGAGUAGACCCAUUGAUUUAUGGAAUCCCGAACAUUAACAAUAUCAAUCUCAGGCAUAAUUCUAUAUCGCAGAUUCAUAAAAAUGUACAGCUCUUUAAAAAUGAACGAACAGUUCAGUUCGGACAUAUAACGAUCACGUGUUCCUGUGAGAUGAAAUGGAUUCAAGUUUGGCUGGAAAAUCAGAAUAAAAGACGUAGAGGUUAUAACUUCAUAACCUGUCUUUUUCAAGAUGAAGUUAUUGAUGCGAUUUCUUUCUCUCAAUUUUGUACCGUAGAAAAAACGCAAUCCACUGUGCAAUAUGCAUUGCUAAUUUUAUUAUUAUUUGUAUUGAUAUCACUGGUUCUUUACUUGACCAUGAAGUACGAAAUAUUUUUACUUUUAAGGAAUUUUAGAAUGCAGAACUUUAGCAGAUUCAAUAGUUUCGACAGUCCGCAACCGACCAGAUUUGAUGUUUAUUCGUCUUUCAAUACAGAAAACUACAAUAUAAUGAAAUGGGUAAAUACAGUUGUAGUUCCCAAUCUAGAACGAAAUGGCUUCAAAGUCUGUCUGCCCCCUAGAGAUUUUACCCUAGGUGGUGUACAGGUGGAACAGAUCUUAACUGAAAUUGCAAAUUCAAAUUCAUAUUUAGUCAUCCUUAGCAAAGACUACUUAAAAUCACAAUUUCAAAAGAUUGAAUGGAAUCAAAUUUGGGCUCAAUACAAGUCAAACAAGUGUCGAAGAAUUGCUGUUGUUAAUUAUGAUAUUUUGGAUAGUAGUCAUAUUAAAGAUAGGAGGUUAAAAGCCUUUGUAAGACUUGGACAUACAUUUGACUUUUGUAAUUUCGAUAACAAGUUGAUGGAUAACAUUAAAACAAGACUAUAAAUCACGAACAUAACUGUAGAUGACAACUUAUAAUUCUAAUGCAAUCAUUAUGUAACAUUUUUUUUCAUUGGCUAAAAGUUGCCCUCAAAUCCAUAGUUGACCAGUCGUAACUAAGGAGAAACCCGCCAUUUUGAAAGCAUGAUCAACAAAUAUUCGAUUACUACAGGAUAAUCGAAAAUAAAACAACACCUACCACGAAUUCGCAAUUUUAAUGUGAUUUUAUCUUAAUUUGAAGCGUAGAGGUAACGUAAUAACCUCCAGUUUGUAAUGUAUGACGUCACGUUUAGCCAUGACGUCUUUGCAGCAAAACUAUUCAUGAAGUUUCGCGAAUGUUUUUUGUAUAUCAAUUUUAUACAUGUUUUCAAGCUCUAAGGUAUUAUUUCUUUUUGUAAUGCAUUGAAAUCGGAAACACAGUACCGUAGUUGAAGAUUUGCCACUGUCAAUUGUAGAUAUAACGGUCGCAUAACAUCAUCGUUGUUUAACUUUUAGAAUGCUAUAUGAUUAAGACAUGUUCAUUUCAAUAAAUAAACUCAUCAU